UACUAUUGCUGUUCCUGCUGCCUUCUUUUUCAUUUUUUUGAAUUCGCAAACGCUAUAAUAAAAAGCUCUUUCCUAUUUUUUAACCUUCUCUCUUUUCAAUACCUAAAGCCGCACACGCGUGCGUAUACAUACUAUUUUUGCUCUUAAAAUUUUUCUUAGAGCAAUGUCAAAGUACUUGGCCCAGACGAAUUCAGACAACUCGUUGCCGGUUUCCCCCAAAAGCAUAACUAUUACUGACGGCACGGUUAUCAGCACAGAUGAUUACGUGUACUUGCAAAAUGACUUGUCAGACGAGCCGUUCUCUAUUGGGCGGGUCAUGGAGUUUGCGUACGUGCCGCGCGUAAAGCAGCCAAAGCCCCUGAUGUCCGCAAGCUGGCGUCAAAACUCAGGCGCGUUUGAUGCAUCAAAGGGCAGGGACAAUGACACGCAGCAGUCAGGUGACACACCCAAGUUCAAGCGCGAGGGUACGCCCGCAUCGUCAACAUCGUCAGUAACUUCCGCUGCAUCGGCGCAGCUGCGGGCUCGCAUCGCAACCUUUUCGCGCUCGCGAGAUCUGCCAGUGUCGCGGGCAAAGGUCAAGGACACGCGGCUGGUGAUUGCCACAAUGUACUCGGACCUGUACCUCGUCUCGGCGAUCAAAGGCAAGUGCGUUGUGAGACACACAGCCGAGAUCCACGACCUCAGUGUAUGGAAAAACACGCCCGACCACUACUAUUAUAACCAGUUCUUUGACCGAUACAGCUCGCGGCUCUUUGACAUUAUCCCGGUCAGUCAGAUCCGCAACGCACCGCAGGACGUGCUGCAAAAGUUGUUUGACACGUACGAGUUUAUCUUUGCUGAGUCGCAGAAAAUCUCGGACCUGGUCAACACGCGGCGCGCGUGCACCGUCUGCGCAAAGUGGUGCAGCAUAAGCGAGUCACUCAAGUGCUCGCUUUGCGACAAGCACUACCACAUGCAGUGCCUGGAUCCGCCCAUUAGCCGCAAGCCGGCGAAGGGGUACAGCUGGCAGUGCGCUGCGUGUCUGCGGCGCAUCCAGGAGCAGCGCGCAAAUGCCUCGAGCAAUGCUGAUGAGUCGGCGGAUGUCACUGGUGACCGCAAGCGGACCACUCGCACGACUCUCGCUGAGGAGUUUUCAAAUUCGCGGCGUUUGCUGUCGGGGGCCGGUGGCGCGUCGGCUUCGGAUACCGAGUCGCGUGCGGGAAGCAAACGGCUAAAGCUUUCGCACGGCGACGGCAAAAGCGGCACAGAGGCUGCGGCAACGCCAAUUCCGCGGCCCAAGAACCGUGGGCUGUGGCCGUUCCGCUACUUUGGCGUGAAUACCAACAUCGAGGACGUACUCAACGACGAUGAGCGCAUCUAUCCGCGUGCCGUUAGCCGCAUCGGGCCCAAGUACCAGGCCCUCAUCCCGGAUAUGGUCUCUCCCAGCGGCCCCGCGCUCGACAAGUACCUCACAAAGAAGCGCGCCCAGAUGCUCGGCGGCAGCAAUGAGGCCAGCGACGAUACAGGGCCUGCGAACCAGCAGUCCAGCGUGCAUGAGACGGCCGCAAGCAACAGUGCGUGGCCGUCCACCGGGAGCACCACGCCGCUGGCAGGCCAGACGAACCAGUACACGCAUCGUGGGAAGGAGGGUGGCGGUGGCGCUGGCGUUGGUGGGCGGUGGCAUGGCAAAAGCGCAGACCAGAUGGACACCACUUGGGACAAGAUUGAGGUCGAGCGCGGCAACCACGACGAACAUCUCUUCUUCAGACAGCCAUCGUUCCUGGAUAAUGAAGAGCUCGACAUGUACAUGGAUUCAAUACUGCCGUACCUGAAGCGGCACUUUAGACUUGUACGCGAUUUCACGCUGCUCGAUUGCCAGGACGCCGCGCUGCACGGGCUGGCGCAGCACAACUACGACGUCGAGGAGGCGCUGAUUACGAUCCCCGAAUGCCCCGAGGAGUACAUCCGGCGGCGUGCGGCGGGCGAUAUGUGGACAAACGAGGCACUGUCAAAGUUCAUCGAGGGCCUGCGCGAGUAUGGUUCGAAUCUGCAGUCCAUCCACGAGGUCAUGCCCGAGAACAGCAGACGCGCGAUUGUGCUGCGCUACUAUCUGAUCCACCCGACAAAGGUUGGGAGGCGGCUGCAGGAGGAGUUCAACAACCGCAACCACGCGGGCCAGCGGCGGCCGAAUCUCGGCGAGGGCACAAGCAACGCGCACCUAGACACUGCCUCAGAUGCCGGCGUGAGCAGCGUAAACACGCCGGCCAGCUCGCCACGGCUUUCAGGGCUGGGCGACAAGCCGAACCGGCGCUGUGUACACUGCCAGCAGGAGAACUCAUCGCGGUGGUACGCGGCUCCCGCCGAUAUGACGGUGCACUACACGCGUGGCGCAAAGUCGUCCGGCAUCCAGCGCAUCAUUUGCGCUGACUGUCGCGAGUACUGGAAUCACUACGCGCUGAUGCCCGACCAGGACUCAAUCAACGCGCGCAAGCACCAUUCCCAGCAGAAGCAGAAGGCCAGCAAUGGGGCCCGGGGCGCGGCGGCACCAGCAUCGGCACCAGCAUCAGCAUCAGGAUCGGCAUCGGCAUCGGCGGCGGCAUCAGUGUCAGCGGCAGAUCAGGGGAACGGUAACGUUCGUUCCAAGACAGUCAGUGUGCAGCCCAAGGCGCGUGCAACUGCGUCGUGGCCGCUGAUUCCAUGUGACGUGUGCAGGCUGAAGACGCGCUUUACUGACCACACAGCGCUGAUGUGCCAGGAUUGCGGACUCUGCCUGCACCUGGCGUGCUCCGGCUACCCUGCGCGCGCGCGCAUCAACCCCAAGCGCUGGCGCUGCGGCGUGUGCUCCAACGUUGCAAAUCCAACGGUGUCGAUCAACUACGAGUGCAUGCUCUGCCACAAGAGUGCGCCGGCAUUGCUGGCUGCACCUGAGCGCCCGCGGCCGUUGAUGUGGCGCACUAGCGGCAACAACUGGGUGCACGCCCAUUGUGCACUGGUCGUUCCCGAGUUGCAACUGUCGUUUAUUCACGGUAACAUCAUUGUCAGUGGCUUUUCGGCUGUGCCCAGCAGUGCGUGGGAGCGCAAAUGCUCGGCGUGCAGCAGCGCGGAGGGGGCGGUGAUCAAGUGCUGCGAGAAAAGCUGCCAGGAGGGAGCCCACGCUUCCUGUGCGCAGCUGGACAUUAGAGGCGGCGGCGGCGAGCAGCUGUCUCCGUUGGGCCUGCGCAUCACCCUGGCGGGCCGCAUGGUCGACGGUGGGCGUGCCGGAGACUUGGAUAUCCUCAACAGCAGCGUGGCCGACUUUAUUGCCGGCGGCCACAAGCUCAGCGUCGUGCUCAAGUGCGCCAGGCACGCGAACAGGAUCUCGUCAUCGGAUGUCGAUCUCAGCGCGGCCGACCAGACCGGUGUCUCGAUGAUGUCCGCGGUGGUCGCCUCAAAGGUUGCCUCGGGCCCGUUGGCGCGCAACGAUAACUUAAUGUCCUUCGCAGCGGCACCCAUUGCAGUGGCCAAGCCGGAUACGGGCACUUCUUCAGUUGUGCAGGCGGCGGUCGUUUCGCCCGUGCUUCGGUCCUCAUCACCGCCGCCGCCAUUGUCUUCCAGACGGAGCAGCGGCCAAGGAUCGUCGAAGGAGCCUACAUGUAUGCGGCCCAAGAUGGUCGCAUGGUCUAAACUGUCGAUCGAUCCGUCCUGCGCGCAGUGCUCGACCGAGUUUUCGCCGGUCUGGUGGCCGCUGUCGCCGGGAUCAUCCAGCAACGGCGCGACGCAGACAAUAGACAGGAAAAUUCACAAGUCUAGUGCCAAGGUUCUUUGCCACCGGUGCUAUACAAUGUCGGCGAGUUCUGUCUCGCACGGCAACAAAAUUACAUCGUCAUAAUCUUGUUUAACAUAAGUAUUUUUCUCUUUGUUUUUAAUUAUUGUUUCAACUACACAA